AUGUCUAUCCCCCCGGAAGCUUUACAGAAACUCGUGCAAGAGAUCGAGUCGAGAGCAAUUGUGGCACAACAACAGAUCAGCAUCGUCAAAACACAAAUCGCAACAAAACAGCGUGACAUCCGGUUGCUGCAACUUACAUCCAGUGAACUGGGAUCGCUGUCAAAGGAUACAAACGUAUAUGAAGGCGUUGGGAAAAUGUUCGUGCAAACCCCUAUUGAUGCCGUCAACAGCCGACUUUCAUCCGAGGAUCAGACCCUGAAGAAGGAUAUCAGCGAUCUAGAAAAGAGGCUACAUUACCUUGAGACGACGCACGAGAAGAGCAAGGAACAUAUUGAACAGAUUUUCAGGGGGGCGGCUGCAUAG